CAUGGUCCUUCCACAAGACCAGUUUAUUUGUCCUUUCGCAGAGUUAUGUAAAAAAGGACAUUCUUGUGCUUGUUGUGGGCAUGUUGAGAGGAAACUCGAACUGUAGAGGAAAUUCGGCACAGAUGGUGGGUUAAAUAACUAAUAAAAUAAAAAUUAACAGAAGAAAACUAGAGAAAUGAGUGAAGUAAAAGUGCGAAAAACUUCUCCAAAAGCUGACACAACGAUGAACGAGGAGUAUUUGAAAAUUAAAAACCAAACCACAACGCUGCGGCAUGGACCCUUUAUAGCAGGAGUUUGCUCGGCGAUAGGCUUCACAGCGUCAUCAAUCACCUGGUACAGAUUUACUGCCUGUCGUUUCCACAGUCUUACCAUGGCCAUUUUUGUUGUACCAAAUGCGGGCCUUUUAUAUUAUUUCACAGAUUAUGAACAAAAACAUGCAGUGACUCUACCAACUACAUCAGGGAAAUUGAGUGAAAAUCAGGCCAUUUUGUUAAGCACCAAGAUUCAGUUGAUGUAUGGGUCUGUCAUUCCUGUUAUUACUGCUUCUUAUCCUUUCAUUGGUUCUAACUGGGCAAAGGGGAGAAAAUUGGGACUGACUUUCUCAAAGCAUAUUGGAAUUCAAAUGAAGAAUUUUUUCCUGGGAUUCAGCCUCAGGAAGAGUAAAAGAUAUUACCGACUUCUGUUGAUUAACGUUAUUCUGCAGUGUGGGGUUGGAGCACUCCUAGGAUACAACCAAGUGGUCGAAAGAAAUUUGGUGAAGAAUCGAGUUUUUAAAGAUAAUGGAAUUUUACCAGAAUAUGAAGAUUUGUUCUUACAGGAAACAAGAUAUCCUACCUUAAAAAGAGUAUACACGUCUGUUGUUGAUGGACUUACAUUAAUGCUAAGAGGUUUUUUCCCUCCUGUCAAAUAAAGAAAUGUUGAAAAAAAAUCAAGUAUUUCUUAUAGUUCUGUAGUUAUGUAGUUCUGUAUAUUAAAGUGAACAUAAUAAAAUUGAC